UCCGCAAAGGAUUGUGGGUAGGAGGCAGUAGUAGAGCAUCAUCGCAACGUUAGUGGAGACAGUUCUGACCGAACUUUUUUUUAAAAUAAAUAAAUAAUUUAAAAAAACCACAACAGGACGCAAUUUGUCCGCACAAAGUGCCUUAACAGCGGUGAGGACGAUGGGCCACGGUGAUCUGAUGAGUCAGGCGGAGGAUGUGGCGGACCAGUUCCUUCGGGUGACCAAACAUUACCUCCCUCACGUGGGUCGCCUGUGUCUGGUCAGCACCUUCCUGGAGGACGGGCUCAGGAUGUGGUUGCAGUGGUCGGAGCAGAGCGAAUACAUCGACUCAAGCUGGGGCUGCGGACGAUUCCUGGCUAACACCUUUGUCCUGCUUAACCUCCUGGUGCAACUGGGUGGCUGUGUGCUGGUGCUGAGCAGGAACUUCGUUCAGAACGCCUGCUUCGCUCUUUUUGGAAUCAUCACGAUGCAGACGGUGGCCUAUAGCAUCCUGUGGGACCCUAAGUUUCUAAUGAGAAACCUGUCAUUAGGGGGCGGUCUUCUUCUCCUGCUGGCUGAAUGCAGGGGCGAGGCCCGCAGCGUGUUCGCAGGCGUGCCCUCCCUGGGCCACCAGAGCUCCCCGAAGAACCUGCUGCAGCUCGGGGGACGAGUCCUCCUGGUGCUCAUGUUCAUGACUCUGCUGCACUUUGACCUCAGCCUCUUCAGCUUCUUGCAGAACCUGGUCGGGGGUGCACUGAUGGUUCUGGUGGCAGUGGGCUUCAAGACCAAGUUGGCAGCGCUGACCCUGGUGGCCUGGCUGCUCUGCAUCAACUUCACCUUCAACGCCUUCUGGACCGUGCCCUCUUACAGACCUAUGCACGACUUCCUCAAGUACGACUUUUUCCAGACCAUGUCAGUGAUUGGGGGACUGCUCCUGGUGGUGGCCAUGGGUCCGGGGGGCGUUUCUAUGGACGAGAAGAAGAAGGAGUGGUGAGGCGGAGGAGGUGUAAGAAAAAGACUGAUGAGAGAGAUAGGUCAGUGAUUAUAACACAAAUGAAUUUGUUUUUCUCUGUUUUUAUAAAAAUCAGGAAAAAGAAAAAAAAAAAUCUCUCCAUUAAGUAAUUUAUAAAGUUUCACUUUCUUUUGAGCAGCAGGAGUGUGGGUGUAAUCAGCAGGGGGCAGACUCCUAGAGAAAGACAUGGACAAAAGCAGAUUAAAAAAAUACUUUUACAUGAAUGCUACUAUCAGUGUGUGUGUGUGUGUGUGAGAGAGAGAGAGUGUGUGUGUGUGAGAGAGAAAGAAUAAAUGUUCAGUUUCGUUUGUCAGUGACCUCUUAAUCUCCAUGUUGUAAUGAGUGCAAGUGUCCAGCAGGCGGAGGUGUUUGCCUUUUCCAAUCCAGCUCUUUCUCGGUCGUGUCUCUGUCCACUCAGCUGUGAUAAAUAGAAUACUUUUUAUUGUGUUUUUGUAGAAGUGUAAUAAAUCGAUACAGCAUCGUGAGUCGG